ACCGCCAAAAUAAUCGAUUAGUACUUUUAGCAGUGUUCUCAAACGAUGUUUUCUUAGCACGUUUUGUUUACAUCGCAAAGUUAAAGUUAAAUUUGAUUUAAUUUAAUUUUAUUUGAAUUAAGUAUUAAAGAAAAAUGAAAAACCAGGAGUUAAUUGAUUAUUUGGCAAGCUGUGGAGUUUGCCGUGUAUGCCAGCUGCGUUAUUUGAAAGCACGCGGUAACGAAUAUCGCAACAUGCAGCAAACAUUUCAGCGCCUGGAUGUUAAAGUAGAAGAGACUGAUAUAAAGACGCCAGAAGAUGAGUCAGAUGAACAGCCGCCAAAAAAGCAGCGUUUGGCCAUUUGCUCCACUUGUUUGGGUCUCUUUUCGGACGAAUUUCAAAGUCAGUUAAUUGAAGCGAUUUCGAAGUCGGAUUUUGCCAAUUAUGACAGCGAGGGUAUUGUUCUGGCUAUAACUCUACCUCUGACGUUGCAGUUACGCCAGCUGUCCAUGUGGCUCGCCCUUCAACGAAAAUUUGGCAAAAGCACCUUCAAUGAUAAUUGUGCCCCGGAUGUGCCCAUCAAGGAGGCCGUCAAAUUGAUUCUGCAUCCUAUCGUAUGCUCGAAACUGGGCAAGGAGUAUGAUGCCAAUGGUCUAAUGAUCAACAUUGAUGUGCGGCACAGCGUAGAGACGGAGGAGGUAGCCAAACUAACCGAGCUGAAUCGAGCGGCGUUUCCUGGAAAGAAACGUAUCGAAAUCUCGCGUGGUUUACUCGAGAAACAAUACCAACCAGCACGCAUUAAGGCAGAACUCUUCGAGAAAUAUCUAGCCAUACCACCGGCUGCUGUUGAGGAUCCACUGCAACUGCAAUCCAUUGAUCUAAUGGGUCCCAUUGUCUGUGUAGCUGGACGCUAUCGGAAACUAAGUCGGGAGCUUUCGCAUACGCCUUGGGUUUUGCAAGGCAAGCGAAUUAUGGAGGAGAGCAUUGAGGAAAUAAUUGUUCAACAGGUGGCGCCGCAUUUCAGUGAUACUCUGGACAAGGUUACCUUCAUGUCCAGCGGCCGAGAGGACGUUGACGUGCGCUGUCUGGGCAAAGGGCGACCCUUUGUGCUCGAAAUUAUGAAUGCGCGCCGCAGCAGCUUAAGCCGCCAGGAAGCCCAUCAAAUGGAGCUGGCUGUAGAUCGGUCUGGCAAGGUAUCCAUACACAAUCUGCAGGUGGUGCCGCGCGAGGAGCUGACACACAUCAAAACGGGCGAGGAGCAAAAGCGAAAAUAUUAUCGCGCUCUCUGCGUGCUCAACGAGCCCGUUACAUUGGACAUUUUGAAGAGGUUGCAAAUCUCGGAAAGCUUUAUCAUACAACAAAAAACACCCAUUCGUGUCUUGCACCGCAGGCCACUCCAUACAAGACCUCGGAGUAUAUACAGCGUUAAAACGUGUGUAAGCCGGGAGAAUCGGCGUUUGCUUAUCAUCGAUGUGGUCAGUCAGGCGGGCACUUAUAUCAAGGAGCUGGUUCAUGGCGAAUUUGGACGAACCACACCUUCCAUAUCAUCCAUCAUAGGCAAACCUAUUGAUAUAUUAGCUUUAGAUGUGGUUGGCAUCGAUUUGGAUUGGCCAGCGGAUGUUAAUAAUGCAGAAGUUGAAGUUGAAUAAAACGCGGUUUAAUUCUUAUACUUUUUGAACAUUUUCCAACACUGAUGGCAAUGGGCUAAGUGGCGCACCUUUGUGAUAAUGCACAAAGAACUGUGACGUCACAGCUGUUGAAUUUUAA